AUGGCGUCUUUUCCAUUCAAGUUGCCGUCCAUAAUCCCCCAGGACCUCCAGUUCAUCCACGAACUUGUCGGCGAGAUCACUGGGACACCGCCGCCGAAACCGGCUGCUCCGCCAGACAUACCACACGACCAGGAGGGCAUAGAGAGCUCCGACAGUGAUACUGAUAGCGAGAAGGAGGUCGAGGCAGAUAUUCUCAAUGGACUUGACGAGGAGGGGACGUCAGAUAGCCCUGCUAUACCUGUGCCGUCGGUAUCUACUAGCGACUCCGACACCUCUGAUUCUGACGUUGAGUCUGAACGUCCACGGCCUGCGCGCAGCACGGCCCCCAGGCCGGAAGAGCUCGACCUCGACGAGGAGGAGUCAGGUCCCGCUGUGACUGCCGAUGCGCAGCUCAAGACAAAAAACGAGAUCGCAGAGCCUGAGAUCAUCAUCCCCUCUGUGGAAGAGGUCGGCCCGCAGGAGGUCCUCGAGCGCGUCGGCGAGGUGAUGAGCAUCGUGGACAAGGUCGUUAUUGUUAGAGGCUCGGCGUCCGAGAUCGCCAACAGGGCGUCGGAGAGAGCCCUCGACUCCGAUACUCUUCUUGUCUUCGAGGACAGGAAGGUGCUCGGCUACAUUUACGAGACAUUUGGUCCCACAAAUCAACCUCUCUACCAGGUGCGGUUCAACCAGAAAUAUCCGCUUGACCCAGAGAAGGUGCAAGUCUCCCGCGCGGUCUUCCACGUUCCCGAGCGCAGUCACUUCGUCUUCGUCAGACAGCUGCAGCGGCUGAAGGGUAGCGAUGCCAGUAAUGUCAACGACGAAGAGCCCGCUGAUGACGAGAUCGAAUUUUCCGACGACGAGCAGGAGGCCGCCCACAAGCGUGCCGCCACGCAAAGGCGUGAGCAGUCGCGAGGGCGCUCCCAGUCCGUGCUGUCCUCUCGACAGCCAACACCCACGCCCUCCCAGAUGCGCGACCAAGACAUGGUCGACGACCUCUAUGGCGCCAGCCCUUACGACGAGCCAGGCACUUAUAACGACAUGGACUUCGGCGCAGGACCCUCCCGUCCAGCGCCAAUACCCUACGACGACCCGUACUCGGACAGCUACGGCAUGGAAGAGCCACAGCCCUCCUUCACCGCUCCUCCCGAAGUCUCUGAUAGUCGGAGCACGAUCGAGCCGCGGUCCCCCGAGCGAUCUGACGGCGGUAGCUCGUUUGGCGAGACCGACCGCAGUUCCCCGCGAGGACGUGGCCGCGGGCGCAAGAAGGACGGUGCGCGCGGCGGGCCUGCAUAUACCGAUGUCCGCGAAGAGCGCGGGCGGGGGUGGGGACGGGGACGGGGCCAUGCGCGCGACCGUGCGGGGCGCCGGGGCGAGCGCGGGCGAGGACGCGGAAGGGGCAGCGGUCGGGGUUGGCCGGGGCCCAGUCACCAGCAUGCGUACGCGGAGGACCGCGAGCGCAGACAACGCUCGCUGUCCCCGACGUCCCUUGCGAUCGCGCGGGCGACGGGGCAGUAUGCCGACGGGACCACCGUGCCGCCUGAUGCGCUCCCACCGCCGCCGCCAGCUGCUGCACCGCCGCCCGCGGUGCAGGAGGGCGGGUGGUACCCACCGCCUCAGCCUCAGCAGUACCCCGCGUAUCCCAGUCCGCCUCAACGUCAACAUCAGCAACAGCAACAGCAUCAACAGUUUGAUUCUCCGUUUACGUAUCAGAACCAGUAUGUGCAGCCGCAUAUCAACCCGCGGUUCGCGUCUGCGUUUGGCUGGGACGUGGGCUUCGCGCAGAGCGCCCAGUACGCGCCGCCGUAUGGCCAAGGACAUGGCUAUGGCGAUGUGGGUUAUGGAGGAGGUGGGCAGCCAUCUGGCAGCUGGAGCGAUGAGUGGACUGUCGCGGGUGGCAACUCGUCCGCUGGCCGUGGAGACCCUCAGAAUGGAGGGAGCUCUGGGCCGAAGAGUUAUAUUUUGCAAAUCCCGCUGGCGACCGAGCGUCUAUGGUGCACCGCCACUGGCGUUGAGUCGAAGAAGGCGAUGGCCCCGGAAAAUCCCAAAAUGGUCGGGCCACCGACGGCCUCUUUGUCUUCCCAAGGUCUCUUCCCUCGUGCACGCCCUGUCUCCCCUCACCCACCGCUCUUUUACCUCGGUUUUUCCUGUACCACACUCAUGUCGAACGGCAAGGUCGCUAAAGCCCUCAAAAUUCCUUCAGAGAAGGCGGCGGGCAAGCGGCGGGCCUCAGCGGUACCGCCCCCGCCAGAAGGCCACAGCGAGACCGACAAGUCGGUGGCACCGACCUCUGCGCAGGGCUCUCCGACGAAAGCAGGCAUGCAGACCCGCCAGAAGCGCGUUCUCCCGUCGCGCUCGCGGAGGGGCGGACCCGGGGUGGGGGCCUGCGACACGGACGUGAUGAUCCUGGACACGAUGCGGCGGAGACUCGAGGGCGAGCCCCUCAUUCCUGCCGGGACGCGCUUUCUGCUGACCACCAACUCCGCGCUGGUGCCGUCCUCGUCUGGCGCGGAUCCAGGCCAGCUCGAGAUCAACGCCCAGGCGUUUGGGCGGUAUUUCGACCGCCCCGAGGUGCGCCGCGCGUACAGGACGCAGCAGCUCAUCCAGACGCCCGAGUUCACUCAGCUGCCCGACGACGCGCACGUCGGGGGCCGCUUCCGCCCGCGCGGCUCAGAAGACGAGUCGGCAGACACGUCGGACGCCGCGUACGAGAAGCGGCAUCGCAAGUACGAGACCUUCGAGAAACGCGUGCGCCUCCGCGAGAAGGAGCAAUUGAAACACGAACAGUACAAGCUGAAAGAGCGUAUCGAGCAGCUGCGCGCGAUGGACGCCUCCGCGUUCCUUGCCCUUUCCGAGUCAGACUUUUCCGACGCGCCACCGCCCAUACCUCACGACGCUAUAGAACUUGAUGACGAGUUUGGCAUUUCGCACGCACACGGUAGCCCUGCGCACAUAGAGGGAGAGAGGCGGAGGAAGGAGAUGCUGGACGUCGCGUUGGGGCUGGAGGAGCGGUAUCAUACCUUGCUGCCUCCCGAUCGGAGAUGGCUGGAGAAGAAGGCAGCCAUGCAGGGGAGUGUCAGCUUAUCGGUCGAGCCUGAGCCCGAGCUCGAGCCCGUUGCAAAGCUCGAGCCAGAUUCGUCUGAGGAGGAAGACCAACUGGCGGGUGACGACGAACCAGAGCGGGAGGUAGAGGUUCUCCACCCUCAGCGCCAUGACGAGGACGGUGAGUCCGAAGUAGACUUCGAGGAGCGCGAUCGUGAACGCUCGAAGACGCUCAAGCUUAGAAUCAAGUUCCCUCCAAAAUUCAGACCCACCGAACCACCAGGCGUAUCCACGAAGCAGAUCACCCUCUCGCCUUAUCUGAAAGGCUCACUGGUGGGAAAGACAGAGAUUCACACUGUCACCAAAUCUCUUGGCCCAAAACGCGUUCGCGCGGCAAGUGGAAAAUUUCUACCAAAGAACAAGCCUGUACAUGACGCCGGGACGGGCAAGCCACAUCUCCGCAAGCGCCUUCGCACAGACAGUUCUGCCUCUACUGGGCAAAUGUCUCCAUUCCUCCGGAGAGGAGAGCCAGGCGAGUCGGUAUCCGCUGGCCCUCGCCGAAUGGCCGGCCAUGCUUCGCCAGCUGCCUCGAAGCCUUACGCGUCUCACACCCAUACGAGACACCACGAGCGCCCUCCGUGUCAACUGGUGCUCGCGGCCGAGCGCAAUGCGGUUGCGCCGUUGGCGCGCAAGACGCAGCGGCAUGUCACCGCCUUUGGGACGCGGGUUCCUCCAGAGAUUGAGGAGGUGAGGGACUACCAGAUCCCCGACUGGGUGCUCCCCAGUGAUGAAAGCGGAGACGGGUGGAGCGAGGUCGGGGGUCGUGCUUCUUCGUACACAGCUGCAGAGGAUCAUGCAUCGGUCGUCGGCUCCAGCAUUGCGGUCAGCAAUCUCGUCACGACGGUCGACUCGCCGCCACCAAAGGAGCUCCUACUUGUAGACGAUCAGGAUGACCCUGGUUGGACCGUACUACAAGACGAUUGA